UGGAUGCUGGGUGCAGGCUUUCCCUGGGCGGCUUAGCAGCGGCUCAGGCUAACGCUCCCGAGCUUCCACCUUUACACCUCCUGUUUACAGGGCCACCCCUCCACCACCACCCAAAGACGUGCCCCUUUAGUAGUGCCGGGGAUCCCAGCCGGAGCGCAGGGGAGGGCGCCUCCCUAUCCCCUCCUCCCCAUCCCCGCCUCGGCUCGGGGUUUUACUGCAGCAGCCGGAGGUGACAGCGACGCCUUAGCCGCCUCUGUUGCUCGGAGCCCAGGCUUCCCCUGCAUCCCGAAAGCGCCCCCUCCUGAGAGGCUGGUCCCCGGAGAAGUGCGAAGGAGCUGCAGGAAACCAAAUUUUAGGAUGUGGAAGUCUCUGAGCUGCGUUCCUCCGAGGACUAGCCUAAUCGCCCAGGACUGAGAGUGGCAGCGUAUGAGAAGUUGGGAUCAUAGAGCAAGGGGGGAGGGGAGUGGUGCAGCCGGCCUUCUCUUCUGGAAGGAGUCGCUCGGAGCAGUGCGGUUGGACACAAGUUUGCGUAGGAGUGUUUUCCUUUUGUCAAUAAUUAAUCACCGGAAUCAGUCUGCCAGAACUGUAGUUUUAGCAAUAGUCCAGAGGGCGGGGCCGAACACCCAACUCCGGGAGGCUCAGCGGUGCCCGGCGCAGUGGGAAGCUGGUGGCAGCCGGGGAGGAGCCAAAGCGCUGGCGCUCACCUAAGCCACAGGGAGAGAUACCCAACUAGGAGAUGAAGAAACAGCAACUGAGAGAGGAGAAGUAACCUACACAGGAACAUUUUGUGAAGGCACAAGGUCUAGGACCCAGAUCUGGACCCUCCUGGGCAGGAAAAACUUUCUGCAGCUUAAAGGAGCAACCAUGGAUUUCCGGCGUGUGAAGGAAUAUUUCUCCUGGCUCUACUAUCAAUACCAAAUCAUUAGCUGCUGUGCUGUCUUGGAGCCCUGGGAGCAAUCUAUGUUCAAUACCAUCUUACUAACCAUUUUUGCUAUGGUUAUAUACACUGCCUAUGUCUUCAUCCCCAUCCACAUUCGCCUGGCUUGGGAAUUUUUUUCAAGAAUAUGCGGAUAUCAAAGUACAAUUUCUAAUUGAUCUUAUUUGCAUUCUGUGAAAUGGCAUUGUGUAUUUAUAUGUUGCUUACAAACUUACUGAUUUAGGUGACUACUAUGUCUUCUUUCACUAUCUGACCUGAAAAGCCCUCUCUUCUCUAUGCACUCUUAUAUCUUGCCUGGAGUUUGAAAUAGAGCCUCUUUAGUUUCUUUUAUACAUGCUUCAUUGCACAUCAGACCAUAGAAAAUACCAAGACUUUACCUCACAUACCAUAUUCAUUCGACACAAAUCUAUGACUUCAGAUUUUUUUAAUCAAGACAAUUUCAUAUAAAUUUUUUUUGGAAAAUAGGCUUUUAAGAGACCUACUAGAAUCAUAUUUAAGGUGUUCCCUUGAUGCCUAUUGUAUACUGAAGAAUAUAUUUUACAAAAAAUUAUUCAAAGGCUACCGUUAGCAGUAUCCUAUCCUUGUUUACAAUGGGUACAAGAUGUGAAUAUAUGAACCCCCUAAAGUCUUAUUUUCUAGUAAACUGAAAAUAACUAAAAUUCUUUUACUUCAAAUGCAAAAGAAUAGGCUGGAGACAAUUAUUUCCUUUCAUACAUGGUUCAUGAAUUGUUUUGAUGCCUCUUAAAAUGCCUCUUAAAGUCUGGCUUUAUAACAGUUUAAAAUCGACAAUGUUGAUUUUAGAUAAACAAGUAAGUAUUAAGAUACAAAAUAAUGUUAAGUGUAAGAAACAAAAAUAUAAUCAAAGUAAAUUCAGAUGUUGUGACUUGUGAUGUUGCCUUUGCCUUGCAUGAUGGGGGUAAAAGAGAGAAGAAAUGGUUUUCUUUCUGUGCUUUCAUUUAGUGGAGGGAAAAAAAAAACAUGCAUGUAUUGGACUGCAGGAAGAAAAGCUAAUAAAUAGGCUGGAAGUAAUAUUCUACCAGCAGGAACUCAACAGCUCUAGUUAAAUGUUUUGAUAUAGUGGCUCCUUUGCAAAGCAGAAACAAGAUUUAUUAAAUUUUCUUCAAGUGUUUAUCAUAAAAACAAAUGUAAGUUUUUAAUUAUACUGCUGAAUGAAAUGUGAAUGCCAAAGACCAAGCCUUGCAGUUUUAUUUUCCUCCCAAUAAAUAUUAAUGUUAGUAAUUCAGGAGGGUAAAAUGUAAAUAGGUUUUAGACAAUUUUUGCACCCUUGUUUGUGUUAUGAAAAAAAUUUCCAAGGAGAGCUGGAGAGAAAGAUGUUUGGCAUGCCAAAUUAACUUGCAUGUUUGUUAACAAACAAACAGACAUACGUUUUGAAGGGAAACCAGAUCUGAACAUGUAUUUGUUGAUUUUUGCAAAAUAAAAUUAAGUUUAAUUUUAUAAAUAAAA